AUGCGCAUAGAUCUGUUGCAAGAGAUAGACAGCGGCUUGCGAAUAAUAAUGUUCGUGCAGCACGCCUUACUCCGUGCUCUGGGUGAAGUUUCUAAGGAAAAGUUAACUCGUAAAGAAUUAAGUUUAGGGGAUAUCAAAAAAAGGUUAGCAGGUAGCUCUAGGUUAGCGGAGCUGAAGGCGACAGCAGAUCGCAUAAGUAAAGGUAUACAACAACUAAAAGAGAGCAGUGAAAAACGAAAUCUUAAAGACUUCAAGUCAAUUGAUGUGGAUGUUCCCAUAAGUCCAAACAAAAUUCAUAAUGAGCUACUAUCACCGAUAAAAAAAGAUCCAGAAACAAGUGCCCAAAUACAGAGACCAUUAAUUUCACCAAGGAAAGUUUUUGUCAGCCCUGUAAAAAGUCCCAACAAGGUCCCAGCAUACAUUAGACAUGCAGCAUUGGCCUCACCUACAAGUCUGUCUCUUCCUCACCAUUAUAGAUUUCUCGCAGAACUUUUUAGAGGAAUGGAAACAGUGGUGGCUCUUUUAUACAAUAGAAAUGAAAAAAUCACUUUUAGUAAACUUAAACCUUCCAUUCAAGAAAUGCUUAAAAGGACAUUCACAGAAAAGCAUCUAGCUCAAAUAAAACAAUUGGUACCAGACUUCUACAAUUAUGAUAUACAAAAAAUUAAGAAUUUCAGCACUUCAUCUCAAAAAGAAGCUUACGAACUAGUUAUAGCUCCAAAUUUCCCGAACGAUAUCAAGAUUAUGAAUCCUAGUGUCCUUUUAGAAAGACGCAGAUAUUUUUAUGACACAUUGCUGCAACUAGUUAAAAAACAUCAUUCGCAGUACUUGGCAUCCUUGGAUCCUCCAAUGGACAUACCUGAUAGCAAAUUGGUGCGUUGGCAUCCAGAGUUCGAGCUGGAAAAGGUACCUGAAAUUGAAUGUGCUAAAUUGCCUGAAAUGCCAAAUGUAGAAAAGCUGAAUACAGCGCAGGAUGUUCUGGCAAAAGCUCGUGAGCUUUUUAAAUGCAACACAAAAAUGGAACGGGCAUUGGAAAAGUUGGCUCAGGUUAAAGAGCGAGGCCUCACAGCAGAAGAACAGGCUGUGACUGGUAUUAAUGAGGAAAGACAAAAAUUGGGACUAGUAUCUUCUGCUUCAACACAAACUAAUACAACUGCAGCAUCUAUUACUAUUCUAAACCCAGCCCUGCGAAACUUGCCUACAGCUCUACUAGAGAAGGUUAAAGCAAAACAAGCAGCUAAAGCACUAGAAGCUAUGACUAAGUCCUCAGAGUAUGAACAAAAAUAUUUCAUAUACAGCCGUCUGCCAGACCUUGCAAGGACAUUAAGAAAUAUAUUUGUAACUGAAAGGAAGAACGUACUAGCUCUUAAUAUAAUUCUGUCUAAAUUAGACAGUAGUUUUAAAGCAAAUGUCUCCGCAUGUGACCUACAAAGAGAUUUAAACUUGCUUAGUGAAGAAGUACCAGAGUGGAUUAAAUUUCAUGAAAUCAGAAAUGCUACUUAUAUUAAAAUAGACAAAUCUACUGAUUUAAAACAAAUUACUUCUAAACUAGAAGUCGUAGCUGCAAAAUACAAAACUAAU